AACCAAAACACCCUGUUCGGUCUUCACGUUGCUCCACGUCAGUUCAAUGUUGCUACACCUUUUUACCUGUAACCUCUCUACACCGGUCAUACAGUGUGUAUUCGAAACGCACAGAGAUGCCUGACACACCGGCAGAAGAUCUGGUCAAACAAUGGGAAAGUGUGCAGGCCCGUCUGAGGCAGCAGCUGGUGGAGGAGGACACGGAGGACUGGCAGACCCGCCCGGGCUUCUUGGGCCUGCAGAGGGUCGGUGGAGUGGACCUGUCCUUCAUCAAAGGGGACGACGUCAACGCCUGCGCCCAGCUCGUAGUCCUCAGCUACCCCGGCCUGGAGAUGCUGUAUGAGGACAGUCAGAUGGUGACCCUGACAGCCCCUUACAUAGCCGGCUUCCUGGCCUUCAGAGAGACCCCCUUCCUCCUGGAGGCUCUGCAGCGGCUACAGAGAGACCAGCCCGCACUUCUUCCUCAGGUGGUGUUUGUGGACGGGAACGGUCUCUUCCACUACAGAGAGUUCGGCCUGGCGUGUCAUCUGGGAGUGCUGUCAGGGCUGCCGUGUGUGGGCGUGGCCAAGAACCUGCUGCAGGUGCAGGGUGUGUACAAGAAUGAGGAGCACCAGUCACAGAAGUUUGGAACACAGCUUCGGUUGGACAUGCAGCACACACAGGGGUUACCGAGUGGGAAUUCUCUCCAGCAGAUAGCUGCUCUGCAGAAAGGAGGAGACAGCUUCCCACUCACAGCCGCCUCGGGCAAAGUGCUCGGAAAGGCGCUGCGUAGCUCUGACAGGAGCUCGAAGCCAGUGUACGUGUCCGUGGGCCACAAGAUCAGUCUGGACACCGCUGUACGCCUCACGCACUCCUGCUGCCGCUACCGGGUCCCCGAGCCCAUCAGACAGGCCUGCCUGCCAGACGUUGUUGCAUGAUGGCCAGUGGAGCGCACAACUCCUUUGUGCUGCAAAAUGUUGCAGUUGGCCUACGUCCAGCUCAGGGCGCUCAUAAAGAUGGCUGUCUUCAUCCCAAUGCAAGCUAUUUUGAGAUCAUUUGCCUAAAAUUCCCUUUUUGGUCCAUAACACGUCUAGUCAACCGGCAGACGAGUUGGGAUCUUUCAGACAACUAGAGCAGAUGCUCACUCGUGUUGAGGAAGGGUGCACAGUUGGUGCUGUGAAGGUCAGUUGGAUGAGCCUUAACACAGCUGGUGGUAAACUGUUCUACAUGCCAGAAUAAUCGUGUCAAAUAAUUUUUAAAUGCUGCAUAUUGUAUAUUAUUGCAAUGAAGAAGGUGAACUGAUCCAGCACCAGCAGAAAACAUGCCUGUGCAACAUCGCCUGCUAUGGCAUGUUUAUUUUCCCCAUCCAUAUCAGUGAGGGAGAUAUUCACAUUGACCUACUGAAAAUUAUACUCUCUUUUGUGGAUCUCUGAAAGCUGGACUUCAAUCUCCAAUCUUUUAUCUCGUUUUUAUGCAUGAACUCUUCCUGACGUGGGGCAGGAAGCGACGCCUUAUAUUGCGUCAUUGGGGAGUUAAUUAUGCGAAUUUGCAAUCCUAGUGCGCGCUUGCUCAAAUACGCACAGGCGGCAUUCAUCAUGUUUACGCAGGUAAUUUAGGCACUUUUCUGAAGUUACAGGUGUUUGAUAAAUCUGAAGUGGCCUUUUCGUACGAACUCCCCCCACACACCAAUGAAAGAGGAAUUUAGGAUAAAAAUACUGUGAGAUGCCUGGUUUAGAUCGAGGUGCGUUCAGCCUAAGUAUUGGAAUAAAGAGAACGGCAGUCACGGUUCAAGGAAAAGAAAAAUAGUUGGGGCAUUGUAACUUGAAUUCCUCUCGGACCUGGGUUGUGGUCAAUUCUUACUGGGCCUGGAGAGAGAGCAUACGAGAGAGGGGUUAGGCUUGGUCUGCAAGUAGUUGGGGUUCCGAACAGUCUGCUCUUCUUCACUUGAGACUGAACCCCGUGGGUGUCCCUCCUCGGUUUCCUUGGUUCCAACAACAAUCCUCUUGAUCUUUAUAUCAAAAACAGUCUUUUACUCAUGCCGUCAAUGUUAGCGCCGCUCACCUGUUGCUGCUCUCAGAGGGGACGCAGGCAGAGCCGUCUAAUGAGAGUCGCGACAACUCCGUUCACGCUUUUCCCAGCAAUGGCGGAUCAUGGGGCCUCUCAAUAGUUCCCGGAAGGGUAAG